AUGAAUGUAGGGAAUCAAGGUAUAACUGUUGGGGGACGGAAACUGAAAUUACCAAAAAAGAUUAACAAUGGAAAAGCAAAGGAGAAUGACAACAGUGAUGAUGAUUUUGUUGAGAGAAAAAAUAAUAUAGAUACUGAAAAGAAGGAUAACAAAAUGAAAAGGAAAAGGGUUGAAAAGAUUGUUAAGGAUAAAAAGGUUAAUGUGAAAGGGAAAAAAGUAAUUGGAUAUGAGGAGACGAUGGGGUCUUGUAGAAUUAGUUUUAUUGAAAAGUUAAUUAAAUGCAAGGAUGUGUCAAGUAUUAACUGGUGUGAGUACAUAGUAAACUGUUUAGAAAAAAGCAAGAAUAAGUGGAGGCCAAACGACAAGAACUGCUACUUCACAGGACCUCUUGCGUUUCUAAUGAUGGCGUGUGCACACAGAGUGAUAUGUGAAGAUGUAAAUCUGCAAAGGUAUAGCCCAUUCAUCACAGAAAUUGAUUUAGAGCACCUAAGAAUUUUAGAGGAAUAUGAAGUAAGCAAGGGGAUAUUUGGAAAUUUGUGUUUAAGGGAAAAUGUCGAAGGUGUGUUUUAUGAUGAGAUGAUGAUUCAAGAAAUAGAUCGGUUGAGGAGAGUUGUGGAAUUAUUGAAAGUAUGA